GUCAGAGUGUCUACAGCGGGGCUCUGGGAACAGGAGAGUGAACACUGCAGAGAGUGAACGCUGUCUAUUCAGCCACUGGGAAAUGGAUGUAAACUGAGGCGCUGUUCAUUUAUUUAUUAAACACUUUGGGCUGUUUGGAUGUAGAUUUGUCGUGAAGAUAGCAAACCAUGGAUUCUGACUCAGACUCUCCUUUCAACUACUCCUGGCCCUCUUUUCCUAAGAUGAGGAUGCGCAAGAAGACGGGCAAAAAAGAGAAAAGCCAGUCCAUAAGGGAGAGCCCGGCCCGGUCCCCGACUCUGGCUGCAGCUGCCAGACUGUCAGCGAUGAUACACGGCAAAGACAGAGUGUAUGCUAACGCCAUGCUGGUGGACCAGGUGGAUGAAGCUGACAUUAAAUACCGCUCUCCGGGGGAGAAAGAGGGGAGCCCUGCGCCACAUAUUGGCAGCCCAUGCUGGGACUCCUUCUCCAUGACUCCCGAUGACUCAGGGAACUGUUCCCAGAACCAGCACCCGUCCUCACCCCAAAAUGAGAAGAGGGGAAUCCAAGGCCUGGAGAAUCACAAGGAGCCAUCCCCUCGUAUGUCUCCCCACUGUCCCUUUUCUUCCUCCCCGUCUUUUCCUUCCUCCCCCCUGGCUUCCGCCUUCCGUUUGUUUGAGGGAGCACAGAGGCGUCAGACGCAGCCGUGUCUGCCAGUUUCUCCUGCUUUAAACCGCAGAGGAUGCAGCUUGACUGAGGCGAGCCGGGGCCUGAGAAGCACUCUAUCCUACGAUCCAGCUCAGGAGAAGGAGAGGGACUCUUUUGACACGUCACCAGACUUUAAUCGCACACUCUCUGACAGCACGCACACGUCCGCCAAGAACCCAGAGGAAGCCGAAGUUCGCCUGCGCUCCUACUCCUACUCCUCCCCCAACAAGGCGAAGCCGUCACGGCCACUGCUAAACCGAGACGCAAUCGUCACAGACCUGGCAGAAGAUGGUGCAUUCAGCAGCAGUGGUCGUUCCCUACUUCAAACUUUAUCUCUCUCUAAAUCCCUCUCUCGUCUCAACCAAGUUAAGCAGAGAGCUUUCAGCUUGACUGAGACGACCAGAGAAAAGAGGAUCGAGGAUGAGGAGUGGGAUAAAUACAUAAUCCCCUCGAAGGUCGAGUCAGAGAAGUACAAAGUCAGCCGGACCUUCAGCUUCCUCAAAAGCAGGAUGUCCAGCACUCGCAACAAGACAAAGGUGAAGGGGAAAGAAGUGAAGGAGGGAAAGGAGAAGUCAGGAGCCGCUAAUGGACACCAGUUUGUUCCUGUGUCUCCCUCUGGUCCCGCUCUCUGUGUGGCCUGUGAUAAGUCUGUUUCUGGGAAGGAGCUGUUGCAGUGCUCCAACUGUUUCCUAAAUGUCCAUAAAAACUGCAGAGAGUCUGUUGCAGCGUGUGGAAAGAAGCCGCAGGAGAGGAAUGCAUUGCUGAUGAAAAGCAAGACUUUGUCUCUCCCACACAACUCUGUGAAGGACAACUCUCCAGCCUCCAUUUUUUCCUCUUCCUCUUCCCUUCCCACGACAACCAGAGAGAAGAGAGAAACAGUCGCCCCUCUCUCCAAAAGCCUCUCCAUCUCUAUAGACAGCAGGCGGCUGAGUGAUACAGCAGGGGUGGACAGUGAGUGCAGUGUGACAGCUUGCACUAACAGUUCAUUGUCUGAUGAGGGAACACCGGUCACAGCGACUCCCCCGUCAGCCGAGCCGCCAACCACCUCACAAGAUGCUGUGGAUGCUCCUCUAAUGAGCGACCUGUCAGCUGACCUGCUGGGACUCGACGUGGAGUCAUGGAGUCUGGCUGUCAGUCCGGAGUUUUGCAGGCAACUCGACAGGCACACCAUUAAACGACAGGAUGUUAUUUAUGAGCUGAUGCAGACAGAGCUGCACCACAUCCAAACCCUGACGGUCAUGUCGGAGGUGUUCAGGAGAGGCAUGCUGGAGGAGCUGCAGCUCGACUGGGACUGUGUGGCCCGGAUCUUCCCCUGCUUGGACCCCCUGCUGCUCUUUCACAAAAACCUCUUCGGAGCACUUCAAGAACGCCGACAGUCGGCGACCCAACCUGAGAACCCCCGAAAUUACCUCAUUCAUCAUAUUGGAGAUAUUCUGCUUCAGCAGUUCUCAGAUGAAUAUGCUGAGAAGAUGAAGCAGGUGUACGGAGAGUUCUGCAGCCAUCACACCGAGGCCGUCAAUGUCUUCAAAGAGCUGCAGCAGCAAAACAAAAAACUGCAAAACUUUGUCAAACAACAGAGCAAUAACACACUGGUCAGACGGAGAGAGGUGCCAGAAUUUAUCCUGCUGGUCACUCAGCGCAUCACCAAGUACCCGGUCCUGCUGGAGAGGAUAUUACAUUACACUCAGGAGGGAAGUCAGGAACACUCUGACUUGUCGAGGGCUCUGGCUCAGAUCCGCGACGUCAUCGCUGCGGUGGACUUGACUGUGAAUAAGAAUGAGAGGUGUCAGGAGCUGCAGGAAGUGCUGGCCCGGCUGGAGAACAAGAGCUUCGCCAAACUAAAGAACGACAAGGUGUUUCGCAAACAGGACCUGCAUAGCAAACACAGGGAUCUGCAUUAUAAAGGGCUGGUCUACUGGAAGACUGCCACAGGCCGUCUGAAAGAUACUUUGGCUCUCCUGCUCACAGACGUUCUGGUUUUCCUGCAAGAGAAAGAUCAACGCUUUGUAUUUGCUGCUGUGGACCAGAAGCCUCCUGUAAUCCCUCUGCAGAAGCUCAUAGUAAGAGAAGUAGCCAAUGAGGAGAGAGGGAUGUUCCUCAUCUCCGCCUCCUCAGUGGGACCAGAGAUGUAUGAAGUUCACACCACCACUAGAGACGAGAGGAAUGCGUGGAUGAGACACAUACGACAAGCUGUAGAGAGUUGUCCUGAGGAAGAGGAGGAGGAGGAGAGAAAUGCUGAGACAGAGGAGGCCAGGCGAGUGGCAGAAGUGAGAGUUCAGAAGAUCACUAAGUUCCAAGAGACACUGUUGGGUCAAGACCAGCAAAUCUGCAACAGCCUGGAGGAGAAGUUACAGCUUUAUGCUGAGCUUACAGAGUUAACCCUCCGUUCACCAGAGCCUGUACCACAUCGCCAUCUGCUGGUACAACAAGACACCGACGGUGAGGCGCCACGGCAGGCCUCCUCUCUGCUUACAGCUGCACUCAGAGAAGCGGAGAACCUGAUCACCAUCCUGCAGGCUUGUGAUGGCCUUACUGUAAAAAGCCAGAGCUCUCCGGUCCGAGGACCAGAGUGCUUCAGCUACAACAGCCACGGGAGCAGCAUUCAGGAGUCUCCCUCUGAGCCGGAUUAUCUGAGCACGCUCAGUAUGAGCUCCACCUCUCUUGGAUCAGACAGCGAGCUGAUGGGGCUGGACAGCGCGUUGUGGAGCUCUGCUGUCGAGCUGAGGAGAGGAGACACCAAAGGGACACUCUUAAAGGUGGCUGAGAGCGUUCAGAGUCUGACUCAGCUGCUCUAUAGUCUGCAGGCUGCUGUUACCCUGCAGGACAGCUGCUAUGAAGUCCAGAAACUCCUUCUCCAUGAGGGAGAAAGACCUCAGCUCCGAACACUCACUUCCCUCCAAAACAGUCUGGAGCAGGAGAAGCAGAGGAGCAUCGAUAAGAAGAAAGAGGACGUAGAAAAGAAGGGUUUAGAGAGGAAGAAAGAAGAGGUGGAUGAGGUUAAGAAACUCCAUGUGAAGCUGAAGCACGAGCAGCAACGCUGGGACAAAGAGUGUCUGGCCAGAGAGAAACAACAGUGUGAGCAGGAGAGUGUGCUGGAGCAGCGAGAGCAGCAGUGCCUCCUGGAGGCCGACCGUCUGCGCUGCGAGCGUGAGGAGCUGGAGGCUCAGCUGCUGGAGUAUCAGCAAAAUCUGGACCGCCUGAGGGAGGGCCAGAGGAGUGUGGAGAGGGAGAAGGAGCAGAUCGAAGCCCAGCAGAGGCUACUGCAGAGCUGGAGACACACGCGCCAGAGCAGCCUGCCUGUCACAAUACCACUGGAUGGAUACAAGGUGUCCAGCCACAGCCGCUCAGGCAGCCUGGAUGGUAACUGUUCAGCGUACGAGAACGAGACAACUUUACUUGCCUCCCUCCAGCAGAACCGCCUCCACCAGCCCGCCAACAACAACCAGCACCAGCGUCUGCUCUCUGCGCCGAGGAAGAACCAUGACAUCCCUCUGCACAGCUCCAGCUACACCGCAAACCUCGGCCUCAGUGCCAGCCUCUACAACAGCCUCAACACCCUGCUGAGCCAGGCACACAGCAAACAGCCUCCGGAUGGUGUGACAUACCCAAACUACAGCAACAACCACGGCUGCCCGCGGCCUCUGAAUGACUCUGUCCACCCCUUCAGCAGCAGGGUCACUGCACAGCCACAAAGGACCAACAACACAGACUUCAGCCUGCCGUUGGACAGGCGGCCCCUGCGUCCCUGGAGGUCAGAGGUCACAGGUCACAGACUUUAUGAGGAUGGCUACUCCUUGUCUCCUUCUCUUACCCCGCUCCUUCCCCCGCAGGCCUACCUCUCUCUUGAAGGACAGAACGGGGAGGAGGGAGGCGAGGAGAACAUUGUUUAUCUCUGAGAAACGAGCAAUGCUAGCUGGACCGAAAAUAAUAUAUCUGUCGCUUAUAUGUGUUUGUGUAUAUGUGUGCGUUUGUUUUAAUUUUUGAAAAACCUGAAUAAUCAAAUAAGGGAAUAGUUGCAGGGAGGAAAUAUGCACAGAUACAUGUGCCUUGAUCAGUGUAUGGGGUGGACAUUGAUUAUUUCACUUCCUGCGUCAUGAAACCAUUGUGCCUUUUUUCAAACAAAUUCUUCAGCUUUGAUACUUGUACCCCAUGUAUUUACUUCUACUUUGAUUUUUGUUUUAGUAUCUGUUGCACUUGUUUAAUGACAGAGCUACAUUUGUACCCCAGACACUGGGACACUAAAGUACCAGGAUUUCAGGACAGAAGUAUUGAUGUCAUUUUCACAUGAGCACUUAAAAUAAAAUGGAAAUAUUUUACCAGCCAAUUGAGCCCUUCCCCAAUUUAUAGAGUGCUAUUAUAUUGUGAGCAUCUAAAAGACAUAAAAGUAUACUGACAUUAUUGUAUAAAUAUUAAAUAUAUGUAUAGUUUUAUGGAAAGGCUACCUAUGCACACUGUGUUGGAAGAGGAACUUAUAUUCCUUUUUGUUUUUUUGUUUUUUCACUUAAGUGCCAAAAACCUUGCUAUCUGAUACUGUAAGUGAUGUCUGUAAAGAAUGGCUGUAUGUUUCCUGUUCAUCACCUUUUCUGAUAAUUUAUUGUGUGUAAAUUGCUUCAUGCACUGUCAACAUUAAUAAUAGUUUUGUUAUGUGAUGUGUUCUCUUGUAAUCUCUGUAAUCAGAAUUGUGUUGUGUCUAUAAAACUAUUGUGGCAAACAU